AAUUCAUCUCCUUUUCGCCAAUUCCAUUUCCAUCUCAAUUUUCCUCCUCCUCCUCCUCCUGGCGAUCUGAAUUCAUCGUCUCGUUCCUCCUCCUCUCGAUCUGAUAAUUGCUGCAGCCUGCAGGUGCAGGGCACAGUUCUUGUUCUCACCUCCCCUUUGAUUUCCUUGUUAGUUUAAUAUUCCCAAGAGGAGGGGGCAGGGCAAGAAAGAGAGAAAGCUGGUGGCGUUAGGUGGGGGGCCGUGGCCGGCAGCUGGUCAAGGAGAAGGGGAACUGCUCCUCCCUCCCCCAAUCCUCCCCUCGUCCUCCUUCCUUUGUGAUUCAUUCAUUCAUUCGAGGAGCAGAUUGGGGCAAUUCUACACAAGGAAUAAUGUGCCCGCUCAGGGUCAUCCUCAUCUUCCUCUCCGCCACCAUCGCCGGAUUCUUCCUCAUCCGGGGCCUCAACGCUGAGCCUGACCUCCAGGACGACGCCGACGGCUCCGACUCCCCAAGGGCUCCCGUGCCUCUCCAUUCCAAGGUUGGGUCGGCCUUGAAAACAGGAUUCUGGACAAUGGUGGACAUGGCAAGCGGGAAGUACCUUUGGCGCACUCUUGUUUCACCACCGACAAAAUGUGAAUCUGAGAAGGCCCAGUGAUGGAGUUGUGAUAUUGAUAUCAUACUUGGUUGAUUUGGGAACAGAUGUAACCACUAUUGUGGUUAGAUUUUGUUGUUGAAGUGUAAUAGGAUGGCAACUGUAACAUGAGGACUAUAUCUUGAAGUGAAUAUACAAAACAGUUCACGUUUGAGCCUUGUCGUGUAACUUAAACAAUGUGUGGAGAAUUUGGGGCAAUGCUGAGAAUGACAGAUUAAUACAUGAGAUUCGGACUGAAGUUUCUGAAUA